AUGUUUAGAAAACUAAAAUCAGUAUUUUCUAGACCAAAAUUAGCACCUGAGAUAGCAGAUUGCAAGAAUGAAGGUGCCCCUCCACCACCAAAGGCAUCAACAGGCCAGGAUGAAAAUAAAACAACAAAUGAACCACAGAAAACAGAGGCCAACAAUAAAGCAGAGCCUAAACCAAAGCAACAAGAUACAGAAUCAGCAAAAGCACCUGAGCCUUCAAAACCUGAAAACUCAACUGAGCCACCUAAGACAACUCAACAGGAAGAGCAGGAACUCAAAGAUGGGAAAGAAGAUGCCAACUCACAGAAGCCACCACAUCCAGGUCCCCAAACAAAUGAGUUCGCUGAUGCCCAGCUUCAAGAGAUUGUCAAAAAAUUGCGUGAAAGGGCAAAUGUCUACAAGGAAAAGCUGAAUGACCCAGUGAUAUCUUCACCUGAAGCAAGUCCUCCAGCUUCACCAAAGAAGCCUCCACCCCCAGCAAAAGAUGAAAAAAAAGAUGAAAAAAAAGAAGAUAAAAAAGAGGAGGCAGAAGCAAAGCCAGAGGAGGAUCAUUACUGUGAUAUGCUCUGCUGUAAAUUUAAAAAACCUCCACUGAAAAAAUACAUGGAGUAUAUGAAGCUACCAGAUACCAUUGACUCAUACACAGAUCGCCGUUACGUGGCGUGGCUCAUGCUCGUGACAAUCGCCUACAACUGGAACUGCUGGUUCAUUCCCCUGCGCUACGUGUUCCCCUACCAAACCCCCAGUAACACCAUAUACUGGUUUGUCAUUGAUGUCAUCUGUGACAUCUGCUACCUCUGCGACUUGGUAAUUUUCCAGCCCCGAGUGCGGUUUAUCAAAGGGGGAGAUAUAAUAUCAGACAGAGCAGAAACAGAGAAAUUCUACCGCAGCUCUGUGAAAUUUCGGCUUGAUGUGAUAUCAGUGUUUCCAUUUGACAUUUUAUACUUCUUCUUUGGAUUUAAUCCAGCACUUCGAGCAAACAGGAUGCUAAAGCAUAACACAUUCUUUGAGUUUAAUGAUCGUUUGGAAGCUAUUAUGGAAAAAGCAUACAUCUACAGGGUCAUUCGAACAACUGGAUAUUUGCUGUUUAUCCUGCACAUUAAUGCAUGCCUGUAUUAUUGGGCUUCAGACUAUGAGGGAAUUGGCAGCACUAGAUGGGUGUACGAUGGCGAAGGAAACAUGUACCUGAGGUGUUACUACUGGGCCGUUCGCAGCUUAAUCACCAUCGGUGGCCUUGCAGAACCACAAACCCUCUUUGAGAUCAUUUUUCAACUGCUGAAUUAUUUCAUGGGUGUCUUUGUCUUCUCCAGCUUAAUUGGUCAGAUGAGAGACGUAAUUGGAGCAGCAACAGCAGGGCAGAACUACUUUCGUUCCUGUGUGGACAACACUGUCUCCUACAUGAACACCUAUUCCAUCCCAAAGUUGGUGCAGAAUCGUGUUCGAAUGUGGUAUGAGUACACAUGGGACUCUCAAGGAAUGCUGGAUGAAUCAGAAUUACUGGAGCAGAUGCCAACCAAAAUGCACUUAGCUGUGGCAAUUGAUGUGAACUUUGCCAUUGUCAACAAAGUGGACCUUUUCAAAGGCUGUGAUACCCAGAUGAUAUAUGACAUGCUGCUAAGGCUGAAAUCCAUUGUAUAUUUACCCGGUGACUUUGUCUGCAAAAAGGGAGAGAUUGGCAGAGAGAUGUACAUCAUCAAACAAGGUGAAGUUCAAGUCCUUGGAGGCCCUGAUGGUACCAAAGUCCUGGUUACACUAAGAGCAGGAGCUGUAUUUGGGGAGAUCAGCCUACUAGCUGCAGGUGGAGGAAAUCGAAGGACUGCCAACGUGGUGGCUCAUGGUUUUGCCAACCUUUUCAUUCUGGACAAGAAAACACUCAAUGAAAUCUUGGUGAAUUAUCCUGACUCAGAAAAACUUCUCAUGAAGAAAGCUAAGGUGCUGCUGAAACAGAAGGGGAAACCUCCUCCAGGACCACCAGUGCAAGAACCACGGGGCUUGGCCAGUCUCUUUGGGCAGAAAAAGGAAACUCCAAAAUUGUUUAAAGCAAUGCUUGGAGGAAAAGGAAAAGAAGGCCUUGCUAAGCUGCUGCAGCUGAAGAAACAAGAAACUCAGGAAGCUAAAGCUGAAACAGAGACCAAGCCUAAAGAAGAGGAGAAGAAACCUGUGGAGCCUGCAGUCCCCCCUGCACCCCCUGCUAAAAAGGAAAAGCCACAGGAGGAUGCUAAGCCUGCAGUUAUGCAGAGAGCAACCAGUAAGGAGUCUCUGAUCAUUAGUAUGACACCAUCCCCCAGAGCAGGAGAAGGAGAGAUCCUUAAAGUUGAAAUUAAAGAGAAAGAAAAGAAAUAGCUGGUGCUGUGGGGUGUGGCCCCACCUUUUUGUCUUGCUACAUUCAGACGGCUGGCCAGACAUUGCUUCUGGGUAUAGAAUAUAAAAGCAGAGACUACGUGUGAGAAAAAUCUACUCCAGCUCAUCGUCUUCCUGCCCUCCUCUCCUGCCACAACUGCACAAAUUAUUUAUAUUCUUAACCUUGACACUGGAGAACUUUUGGUGUAUUAGAAAUUACGGCUCAGACUGUAUUUCACGACCACUUUUUUCUUGUUUUAUUCAUGCUCUCCCUUUUCUCUUACUCUGUCUUGUUCCUACUUCUCCUCUUCCCUCUUCUCUUUAUCCUUGCUUUCUUCCUGUUUUUCCUGUUGCUCAGUUUGCUCUUAGCUUCUGUGUGCAUUCUUUUCUGUUUUCUCCUCUGCCUUCCCAUAGUUAUCCUUUUCCUUGCUACUGCCCUACUGUUGCUAAGGUUCCUUAUGUUUCUCUCUAUCCUUCUCCCUCCUCCCCUUAUACUUCUAAUCGGUGACCUGGGAUUGUGACCAGCGUGGCUCAGAGCAGACAGCAGGUGCUGUGUUGAGAUGUUUUACCUUGGGACAGAGGGCAACAUAACAAAACCAUUGUCAAAAAAUAAAUCCCAAAAAAAUGCAAGAGGGAAACAGAUUAUAGAAUUAUUGCCAGCCCUCUGAAAGCAUAAACAUCUGAUCCAGCUGUCUUUGAUUCUGACAAAUUAACAUGGGAAAGAGUUCACCCUCCAGAAGUGAUGUAUAAUUUUGGGCUGCUGAUUUAUUUGCUUGAUCUUGUCAAGGGGAUGGGCAUACCCUCUGUUACAUCUCAUCAAAUAAGCACUUGAUACAUCUGUCUGAAUAACCUUGGUAUCUAAACCAGCUACGUCAAAAAUAAAGGCUAUUUUAUAAAAAGCAGGAUUUACAUUUUCUGGCUCUGCAUUGCAAAGUUGCAACCAAUGCUACAAUUGUUCAUCUACAUUAGGACUUAGUCUAAUGGUGCAAAGAGAAACCCGUGUCUCCGUGUCUUAGCUACAUCACAUUUGUGAACUACAGUAAAUCCUUCAUGAGUGCCACAGCUGGGGGAUACAGCCUCCCAUGCAGGAACUCCCACACUGCCACCCUUCUUCACUGACUCAUCAGUCUCAAAUGCAGUAUUACAGCUUGAAGCUGUGUUUGAAGGUAAACUCCCAACUAUAUUCUUUUCUUCUACGGGUUUGCAUCUCCUCUCUCUCCCAAUCCCCUUUCAGAUACCACUGGAGGAACAGUUUUGUAAACUAAAAACAUUAUGCAGAGGCCAAGCCAAGAAAUGGCAAAGGCAGACUUCACAG